AUGCUCCUGUUAUCAAUUCUGCUGCUCAUGUCCCAAGUCAAAGGCGUAUAUUUUGGUAUGUGGUCUCUUCUCCCAGUGGCCAGAGCAGCUCUCCUAGAAUGUGGUAAAAGACCAAUUUUUGAGGAAGGAGCUCAGUAUUCCAAAAUCAUAGCAGGGAUGGAGGCUGAGGUGGGUGAGUUCCCAUGGCAGGUGAGUAUUCAGGCAAGAAACGAACAUUUCUGUGGCGGCUCAAUCAUCAACAAGUGGUGGAUUGUCACUGCUGCUCACUGUUUAAUUUUUGAAGAGCUACUUCCAACAGACUUGAGCGUUGUGUUGGGAAGCAAUGACUUAAGCAGCUCAUCCCUGGAAAUAAAGGGGGUUACCAGCAUAGUUCUUCACAAGGAAUUUCGAAGGCUCAACAUGGACAAUGAUAUCGCCUUGCUGCUCUUGGACUCACCCAUCAGGUUCAACGGACUGACAGAGCCCAUCUGCAUACCCGGAAAGCCCAGCCCUUCUGUGUGGCACAAAUGCUGGGUGGCAGGAUGGGGUCAGACCAACAGUGAUGACAAAAGCUCUAUGAAAACUGAUCUGAUGAAAGUGCCAAUGAUCAUCAUGGAUUGGGAGAAAUGUUCAGAAGCAUUUCCAAAACUUACCAAGAAUAUGCUGUGUGCUGGCUAUGAGAAUGAGAGUUUUGAUGCUUGCCAGGGUGACAGUGGGGGCCCUCUGGUCUGCACCACAGAGUCGGACAAGACCUGGUACCAGGUGGGCAUUAUCAGCUGGGGCAAGAGCUGUGGACAGAAAAACACACCAGGAAUAUACACCUUGUUAGAAAAUUACAGCCUCUGGAUUAAGAAGGUGACUGAGAUAGAGGGAAGGCCCUUUGAUGCUGAGGAAAUGAAAGCUCCUCCCAAUAGAAAACAAAUGAGGUCCCACGCAGCAGAAUUUCCAGAGCCAGGAAGCCCCAGAUUCUGGAUCCUGAUUUCACUUCUGUCCUACGUGGUAUGCUGGGACAUUUUCUACUGAUAAUAAAGCAGAUGCUAUUCCUUAACCA